AAAUGUUUUUGGGGAGAAAAAUAUUUAGAGCAUUUUGCUCUUAAGCUUAAUAUAAUAUCCCAAUUUUCACAUCAAGUAGAGGUCCAUCUGCUAAUAAACAUCUAGAUGAUGUACUUUUAGAUCAAAUGAUAAAAGGUUUUAAGAAAGCAUACACAGACAGAUUUUUGUUAGACUUUAAAAAAGUGAUCAUUAAUAAAAUAUUUAAAGGUGGUUUUACCUGCAAAGAGAGUUAGAUCAUUAGAUGAUCAUAUAGUUGGAUUAUGGAAAUAACAUGAAGUAGCAGUUGUGAUUGAAGGAAGAGAUGAAUUUGAAGACAUUGAUAUAGUUUUAGAUUAUUAUUAAGUGGCAGCAGUUAAAAGAAGAAUAUGUGCAAAUGUUGCUCCUAUUUAUAUAAGAAUACCUGGACAUAAUGAAGAUAUUCGUUGCACUUUGGGAGAAAUCAUUAAAGAUCCUAGUAACAAUGAUAAGUUUAAUUGAUAGAAAGUGGAUGGCCUUUCAAAGUAACUUUGAGAAGAUACAUAGUAGGCAGACCAAAUCUAUUAUAUGUUCCAAUUGCUUUAUUACCUAAUAAUUCUAAUCCAGCAUUAGUUAGAGGAACUGAUUAUGAUGUACAUAUUGAAGGAGUUUGGAUAAACUCAUAUAAUGCUACAUAUCCAACAAGAUUCCUUGUUGAUGUAAAAAACCUUAAGACAUACAGACCUUAUAAAUUAGGAGAUUUAUAAAAUACUUUUCCUUAAGGUGUUUUAUUGCAUGAAAGAUAUAAAAAAAUGAUUCAUUGGAAUGUUGUAACUUAAGCCAGAGAUGAAGAUGAUGUAGCAUUUCUAUUCUUAUUUUUAAUAGAAAUUCUUUGAAGAAGCAGAAUUCUAAAGAUCAAAGAAAGAUGAUGAUUUAUUAAUCUAUAGAAAACCUGAUGAUGCAGGUGAGGAAACUAUUGAAGGAGAAAUGUUAUAUUAAAAAAAAAAAGUAACAGUAGAAAAGAAAUAAAAAAAAAGAAGAGAAAAGUCACUCAAAAAGAAAGUUAAAUAAGCUAAUCAAGAAUUAUAAAAAGAAGUGGCUGCAGCAAAAGAGGCUAAAGAUGCUGCUGCUAAAGAAGCUGCAGCAGGUAAAAAAUGAUGAGUUUAUAGUAUAUAUUCAUUAAAAUGAUUAUCGG